AGAAUUCACCGAAAACCAUUGACUAGCCGCACAUGCGUAGAACGCUUCUCCACCAGGGAUUACAAGUUCUCGCGAUAGAUCCAUGUUUUAUUCCUACGUAAUGUGCCGUGCUGCUUAUGGCGGCGCUGGUGAUUGUGCUGUGAGCUGUUGGGUAUGAAGUGUAACAGAACAGAAACUACCACCUGAAACUGCUGCUUCAAGUUCAGAUCAGUCAAGGAAUACCUGCCACAACAGUAACUAACAAGACCAAAGAAGAGAAACUGCGCUGAAGACACAACACUUGAUCUGAAACAAGAAGUUUGUGCCUACUCAACAGCUUCACAAAAGCACUUCCCAACGCUGCUAUUAGUCUUUGUUUUAUCUUUUACACUGCACUUUGCAACUGCUGAGUGCAGCGUAAGUCGUCCCUCUUAGCUUGAUAGAUCGUUUUCUCUUGCUCUCUCUAUUAUUACUAGCAACUAACAACCUUGAAGGCUAUACUCACCGAGAAUUGGAAAAUACUACUGAACGUGCAAUAUCUGAAUAUCUCGGAAAGCAUUGUAAAAUUAAGUUGAAACAGGAAUAGGAAUAUGGCAAGCACCUGGAAAGAAUUUGUUGAAUUUUCCAUGCCGUCUUCUCCCCCUACUGCAUACGUUAGUGCCAACCUGGGCAAUGCAUCUUCAGUCGGACUGACUUUAUCACCUUAUGGCCGAUCAAUGAGCUUUGACCCAAACCUUCUCCAUAACAAUGGACACAAUGGGUACCCCAAUGAUACUGCAGCACUGCGUGAAACAGGUGUCAUCGAAAAACUGCUGACAUCCUAUGGAUUUAUUCAGUGUUCAGAGCGCCAGGCUAGACUUUUCUUCCACUGCUCACAGUACAAUGGAAACUUACAGGAGCUUAAAGUAGGAGAUGAUGUAGAAUUUGAAGUUUCAGCAGACAGGCGCACUGGUAAACCAAUUGCUGUGAAACUUGUAAAAAUAAAAACUGAAAUAUUGCCAGAAGAGAGAAUUAAUGGCCAGGUUGUGUGUGCUGUGCCUCAUAAUUUAGAAACCAAGUCUCCAGCUGCUCCAGGCCAGAGUCCAUCUGGAAGUGUAUGUUAUGAACGAAAUGGGGAGGUGUUUUAUUUGACAUACACACCAGAAGACGUUGAAGGGAGUAUCCAUCUAGAAACUGGAGAUAAAAUAAGCUUUAUUAUUGAAACCAACAAACAUACUGGUGCAGUUAGCGCACGAAAUAUAAUGAUUUUGAUGAAAAGAAAGCAAAUGCGCUGCCAGGGAGUUGUUUGUGCCAUGAAGGAAGCAUUUGGUUUCAUUGAAAGAGGAGAUGUUGUCAAAGAGAUAUUCUUUCACUAUAGUGAAUUUAAAGGAGAUCUUGAAGCCUUGCAACCUGGAGAUGAUGUGGAAUUUACAAUCAAGGAUCGAAAUGGUAAAGAAGUGGCAACAGACGUUCGACUUUUGCUCCAAGGAACUGUUAUUUUUGAAGAUAUUAGUAUUGAACACUUCGAAGGAACUGUUACCAAAGUUAUCCCUAAAGUACCCAACAAAAAUCAGAAUGACCCUUUACCAGGGCGUAUAAAAGUGGAUUUUGUGAUUCCUAAAGAGCUGCCAUUUGGUGACAAAGAUACAAAAUCUAAGGUCACCCUUCUGGAAGGUGAUCGUGUUCGUUUCAACAUAUCCACAGAUCGAAGAGACAAAUUGGAACGUGCUACUAAUAUUGAAUUUCUCCCUGAUACCUUUGAGUAUACCAAUGAGUCUAGAGAAAUGGGUGUCAUUGCAGCAAUGAGGGAUGGGUUUGGUUUUAUAAAAUGUGUUGAUCGGGAUGCCAGAAUGUUCUUUCACUUCAGUGAAGUCCUGGAUGGAAACCAGCUCCACAUUUCUGAUGAAGUUGAGUUUACUGUUGUCCCUGACAUGUUAUCUGCACAGAGAAAUCAUGCCAUAAGGAUCAAAAAACUCCCAAAAGGGACGGUCUCGUUUCAUACACAGUCAGAGCAUCACUUUAUUGGUAUUGUUGAAAAAGAAGCUACAGCAGUCAACACUAAAUCAUCCAGCCCCAACAAGGGAAAGGAAAAGAAAAAGGAGAAGGAGGGUGAAGAAGGAAUCAUUUCUUAUGAAGACUGUGGCAUCAGGCUAACUGUAUCAUACCAUCUGAAAGAUAUUGAAGGAUCCUGUGCACCCCAAGUUGGCGAUAAGGUUGAAUUCAGCAUUUGUGAAGCCAAAAGGUCUGGUCAGCAGAGUGCUGUAUCCAUGAAAGUUCUUGGACGCAACUCGAAUGGCAAAAGAUUUUAUGGCUAUGUGGCUACCCUUAAAGAUAACUUUGGAUUCAUUGAAACUUCAAACCAUGAUAAAGAAAUUUUCUUUCAUUACAGUGAGUAUUCAGGAGAUGUGGAUAAACUGGAUUUGGGGGAUAUGGUGGAGUACAGUUUGUCAAAAGGAAAGGGAAACAAAGUCAGUGCUGAGAGAGUUACCAAGGCUCAUCAAGUCAAUGGAUCAAAUGAUGAGGUGGACCCAACAAUUUAUUGGGGUAAAGUAGUCAGACCUCUAAGGAGCGUAGAUCCUACACAAACUGAAUACCAGGGCAUGAUUGAACUUUUAGAAGAGGUUGAAUAUAAGCAGAAAAUCACAGAAGAAAUUCCUGAACAAGCUGAGGAAAUUGAAGAGGAUGAAGAGGAUGAAGAGGAUGACAGCACAGAUGCAAAAAAACAUGAAAACAUGAAAGGACACUUGAUCCCCUUUGGCAUUGUAGGAAUGGAGAACAAAGCUGAUUGUCUACUGAAGGGAGAAACUGUGAAAUUUCAGCUCUGUGUUUUGAGCCAAAAUGGCCAGACUAUGGCCUGUAAUAUUGAGCCCCUCCGCAGAGGUACCGUGGAGUGUGUGAAAGAUCAGUUUGGUUUCAUUAACUACGAAGUUGGUGACAGUAAGAAACUUUUCUUCCACGUGAAGGAGGUCCAAGAUGGUGUUGAACUCCAAGCUGGGGAUGAAGUAGAGUUCUCUGUAAUUCUGAAUCAGCGGACAGGAAAAUGCAGUGGUUGCAAUGUUACACUUAUAAGCAAAGGCCCUGAAAUGGUGGCAGCGCCUCGCCCUGACAGAUUAGUAAACCGAUUAAAGAGCAUAACACUGGAUGAUACCAGCGCCCCACGUCUCAUAGUUUUACGUCAGCCUAAAGGUCCAGAUAACACAAAGGGAUUUGGUGCAGAGAGAAAGAUCCGUCAAGCUGGGGUUGUCGACUGAUUUCCAUCUUCAGAAGCACAUUACCUAUUUAAGUAUGAUCAAAGUCAUUGGGUUUGUGAGGAGAAACAACAUCCUUCUUCAUAGCCCAGAAAUUCCAAGAAUCUUAUUUAGCAUAAGGACUGCAAUCUUUUAAACAUCUACCAUCUUACUUUCAAGCCAGGAAACCCUUUUUAAAUUAUGCCCAUUUGCAACUGAAGAGUAAGCCUUCUAGUAAAUAAUUUUUUUUUUUUUUCUUUUUUUAAAGCUUUCUUUCAAAUGAUGCAUCUUAACGCAACAAUUGUUUUUUGUUUUUUUUCCCUUUUUCGUGACCGAAUUGAUGGUAAUGUGAUUUAACGUACAUAUUUCUGCACUUUCAUACUGUUUAGCAUAUAUUCUACCUCCAUUUUUUUUUUUUUACUUUGCCGUAGACAUAAAGUAGCAAUUCCUUUUUAUUUAGCAUUGGUCUGUGCUUUAUUUUUCUAUCAAAGGACCACAUAGACAUGGUGGAAUAUAUCCUAUGCAGUCUCCCCUAAGCAAUGAUAAAAUGAAGCAUUUUCUUAUUCCAACGACAGCCAAACAUUCACUUUUUCAGAGGGGAUAUAUUACCUCUGCAUUCAUGAGCAUACACAAUUUGUUUUUGAAUGCUUUUCUUCAAAAUUUAUUUAGUUUUUUUUUUUUUGUGUUAAGUGACUUUGGAAGUGCAGAGUACAACAAGCCUGACAUGUGCCAUGUGUGUUAAAUUUAAUUAUACAAAAAUGCACGGUUUUUGUUUUUCUGUUUUUUUUUUUUUUCGUUCUUGCUGCUUUGACACUGCAGCUUUUGAAACAUUAAUGUAUUUAAAAGGAAGAAAAUGUGCCUGAAACAUUUGUUUUGUUUUUUUUUUGUUUUGUUUACAGCAACGAUUUAUCAUAAGAUUCAGUCUUUUGAUAGCUAUAUUGGUCAGUUGCCUCAAGAUAAACUUAGAAAGCUGGUACCUUUUUUUUUUUUUUUUUUUUUUCUUUUUAAACUAUCAUCCCCCCAAGCCUUAUUUUAUUUGCACCAGUCCAGUUACCCACUCAUUUAUAUUUUAAACCAGAAAGAUCAAGCCACUUUCUACGGAAAGUAUUUUUUGUUUUUUUUCUUCUUCUGUUGGAGACUCACAUUUCCUUUAUAAAAAUGUUACUUGGCUCCAGUUUUUCUGUUUAAUGGCAAAAAAAAUUGAAAAAUAGAAUAAAGUUUUACCAAUUAAUUUUGA